AGGCAGCCACUUUGGCUCCGAGGCGCCCCCCCCCCGCCCGCGGCGCGGCCUCCCGUCGCGCUGGCGCGCGCGCGCGCGGCUGGGGCGGGGACAGCCCGCGGAGCCCGCUGCCGCGGGAGGGCGAAGGCUCGCCCGGCCGAGGGAGGGACGUCAGCCCGCUGGGCCGGCUGCCGUGGGAGGGCCUCGGCGGCGGGGGCGACGGUUCUUCGCCGGGGCGGCUGCCAUGGGAGGGCAUGAGCGACGCCAUCAGCCGCUGCUGCAGGGAGGAGCUCUCGCGCGAGGAUCGAGCUCGCCGGCAGCAUCAGCGAGCUGCGCCAGGAGGUCCGCUACCUCCUCGGCGACCCGCCCGCGGCCCCGGCGCCUUUGGGCGCCCGGCGCGCGGGCACCGCGCCGGGGGGCCAGCCCCUGGCCGCCCGGGCGCUGCCCCGCCAGCGGACGCUGCCGGCGCUGGCGGAGAGCAGGCACACGGGCAGCAGGCGAGCGUCCCGCAGCAGCUCCAACUCCGCAGCCAACGCCGACCGGCUACCCCUCUUCCGGCGCUGCGCCUGCGGCUGCGGGGAGAUGGUCCUCACAGGCGGCGAGGAGUGGGACACCAUCGCCCCGCUGGGCCACAGGGCGCUGAGCCUGCAGGAGGUGUCCACGGACGCCACCGACGCCCGGGCGCAGCGCGCGUCCUGCGAGCGGCUUGCCCGGCGGCGCGACCGGCCGCCCGCCGCCGGCGCCGAGGCGGCCCCGGC